UCCGGGACUCUGUCAGGAUCCGGUGCUACGUCACAGACAUAGCUGGUAUAAAAAGCUCCGUCUGGUGCAGCGUCCACAUAAAGAGAAGCAGCAUCUGCGGGCAGCCUCCUCUACUUGGCCAAAUUACUGCAAACCACCAAAAAGACUAAAGAAAAUGUCCAAAAUGACGAUCGUUCAACUUGGAGUGAUUGUGUUCGCAAUAUGUUUAUCAACACAGGUGGCCUCCCAGAACAGCACAAACCUCACAACGUGGAGGAACUCCACCUCCAACACCACCACCAUGGCUACAAACACCCACAGCAGUUUGGCAAACACUACCCACCCUGCCGGAGCAGGCGUCUCACUGCACGCAGGCACAGUCUCCUUCCUAAUCCCCGUUGUCAUGGCAGCCUCUCUCCUGCAGCGCCACUGUUGAAGCCCUGGACCCCACAGCCCCCUCUUCUCUGCCUCAACACUCCUCCUCACCCUUCAUCAUCCCACCCAGUCCAACCUUACUCUUCUGCUCUUCACCACACUGCAUAGAGACCACAAGAAUAACAUGGACGGACUCCACAGCCUUCUUUGUCCUCCUUAAGUAAUGAUAAAAUGUGUUUAAUUCAAGACAUUUCUUUCAAUAAAGGGGGUUUAAUCUUCAGGUGGAGAUCAUCACCAAGACCCCCUCAGCUCCUUGCAUGGAAUCGAAAGGAAUGGCAGUUCACCCAUCUUCCCUUUUGGCAUGCGUUUCCAUAGUCACAUUAUCACAUUUUGGAGAUGCUCAGGGCUGUGGUUCUAAUGUUCUAAUGUCUUAAUUGAAAUGUGGACCACUUGAGUGUACAGAGGUUUUUUUGUGGCACCUGGCAAUCAAUAUCAGAAUGGUUUUUGUCUGUUAAGUAAAGUUUGACACAUACAGUAGGGGAUUUAAAAAGCAAAAAAGCCAGAUGACAUUUAGCUGGGUUCUUUCAUAAUUUGGCUCUUCAGUCUUUUUAUUAGAAAUGUCAAAGAGAUGUAUGUAGCAAAGAAGUUGCCACAAUACUUGUGUCAGUUUUGCCUUGUAGUUUUUAAAGAGUUGUGGUCUUUUACAAUGAAGGUUUGAUUGACACCUUUGCCCCUUCAUACAUGGGUUGGACCCAAGAAAUGACUAUGUGUAACCAUAUGGGAAGGCUUGAUGUUAAAUUUAUAUUCCCCCCUUAUAGUUUAUAUUUUGUAUAAAUGGAAAUGUUGUACUGUUUAUUGGGUAUAAUGGAAGAAAUUACAAUGUACAAUAAAUUAUGAAAAAUUAUGACAACUGUAA